AUGGGUGUUCCUGAUUCCCAGAGCUACUAUGAGCUCUACGAAAACUUGGGGAUCGGCAGCGCAGACGAUGUUUCGUGGGAGUGAGUGAUAAGUCUGCUUUUGGCUGCGCGCAUUGGAGCUGAUCCUGGCUCUAGCCCACCCAAGCCAAUGCGUACUGCUCCACGGCAGAGCGAUGAAGAUGCACAUCUGUGGGCUACACCCGAAGCCUUGCAUUGAAAUGCGCUAGCUGACGGGUCUAAAGGAUCGUUCGCGCAGGCGCUCCACGACGAAGUGCUGCUGCGGCGUCUAGUGAGCCUAUCCCACCGUCAACAUUCCUCGAGAAGAUCCCAGUCGAGAUCCGACUCGCCAUCUACGAAGUUGCGAUGGCAGAGGGCGAUGCGAAACCCGAAACCAUUACGUCUCGCAAAUCCGCUAUGCCCGCGAGAGGAGACAUUGUCAACUUUCCCUGGUACGUGGUCGAGCCACCCAUUCUUCGAGUCUGUCGCCAGAUCCGCGCGGAAGCCAUGAAGACCUACAACAACUUCCUGUCAGACGAACAAGCUCGUGUGGUCAGGUCACUGGCUCCUGACGCAGAGGAGAGGGCAUCUUUGAUGCAGCCCUGGGCGGUUCUCCUCGGCGAUCCGCGUGAUCGUACGUGGGAGGUGCCACAGGCUCCAAGAAGGUAUCUGCAACAACUGGCGGAUGCGGCUCAGCGCGUGAGACGCUUUGGAUAUCUUGCGCCGGAGUCCGCUGCGAGACCAUUUUGGGAUGACAUGAUAGACCGGACCGGGGGAGUUUGGGACGACAGAAUUUGGUACGGCGGAACUUGGUACGGCGGAACUUGGUACGGUGGAACUUGGCACGUUGAGAAGAUUGCGCUGCUUCGCGAAUUUCUAGGAUAG